ACACACAUAGUAUUAUCCAAACUCAAGUCAUGAACACUUUACAGUUUACUACUAUAUAUUUAAGUCUGUUCAUUUCUGCAACACAUGCUGGCAAGAAACAAGCGAUGCAGCCUAUGUUUCUCAACGUUAAAACCAUUAAAUCACUCUGUUUCAUUAGUUUGAGUAUAGUUUAAGUCCAAACACAUACAGACAACUAUAAAAUAUUCUUUCAUCAACCUUGCUGGUAGUAUAAAAGAAACUUCUCCAAGUUGUGUCUGUAGAUUCACCACCAUUUCGGGAUCAAGAAUGGGGACCACACGAGACGAGGACUCGAUAGAGAAUGGCCACAACCAGGAAGCUGUGGCGGGUCAUGAGCGCGAGGAGGAGACAUUGCACCGGAGGAAACUGAUGGGGGAUUCGAAAGAUGAGGUGGAAGAUGAAGUCAAAGAAAUUCAGUCUAUUGAGAUGAUUUUUAAGGAUACUAAAGUGCCAUCAUGGCAGAGCCAGUUGACUGUGAGGGCCUUUGUUGUGAGCUUUGUGUUGGGGAUUUUGUUCACUUUUAUUGUGAUGAAGUUGAAUCUCACUAGUGGAAUCAUUCCUUCUCUUAAUGUGUCAGCUGGUUUGUUGGGGUUUUUCUUUGUUAAGACAUGGACUAAGUUCUUGGAUAAAUCAGGGCUUUUGAAACAGCCCUUUACUAGGCAAGAAAAUACUGUCAUUCAGACAUGUGUUGUGGCCACUUCUGGGAUUGCCUUCAGUGGGGGAUUUGGAAGCUAUCUUUUCGGAAUGAGCGAAAUCAUUGCUAAUCAGUCGACAACAGCCAAUGAUUCUCAGAAUAUCAAGAACCCGAGUUUGUCAUGGAUUAUUGGUUUUCUUUUCAUUGUCAGCUUCCUUGGCCUUUUCUCAGUGCUGCCUCUCCGAAAGAUAAUGGUUAUAGACUACAAACUUAUAUACCCAAGUGGGACUGCAACUGCUCAUCUUAUCAACAGUUUCCACACUCCUCAGGGUGCCAAACUAGCCAAGAAACAAGUCAAAGCAUUGGGCAAAUUCUUCUCCUUUAGCUUCUUGUGGGGUUUCUUCCAAUGGUUUUUCACUUCCGGGGAUGGUUGUGGAUUUGCAAGCUUCCCCACAUUUGGCCUCAAAGCCUACGAAAACAGGUUUUAUUUUGACUUCUCCGCAACAUAUGUUGGGGUAGGAAUGAUAUGUCCAUACAUAAUAAACAUAUCUCUGCUAGUGGGAUCAAUUCUUUCAUGGGGUAUAAUGUGGCCUCUCAUAGAAAACAGAAAAGGUGACUGGUAUAGUAAAGAUCUGAGUCCCAGCAGUCUCCAUGGGAUCCAAGGUUACCGGGUUUUCAUUUCAAUCUCGUUGAUUCUUGGAGAUGGAAUAUACAACUUCUUCAAAGUUCUCAGUAGGACGAUAGUUGGCUUAUCGCAUCAGCUUCGCAACAAAGACCCUAACUCGAUUCUUCCACUUGCUGAUAAGACUUCUGCAGAAGCAAAAGCAGCUUCUUUUGAUGAUCAGUGCAGAACUGAAAUGUUUCUCAGGGAUCAAAUACCGUCGUGGCUAGCAGUUAGCGGUUAUGUCAUAAUUGCUGCUAUCUCAACAGCUGUUCUGCCUCAAAUCUUCAAGCAACUGGAAUGGUAUUAUGUCAUUGUUAUCUACAUCUUUGCUCCAGCAUUAGCUUUCUGCAAUGCGUAUGGCUGUGGGCUGACUGACUGGUCACUUGCCUCGACUUAUGGAAAGCUUGCCAUUUUCACGAUUGGAGCUUGGGCAGGAAAAGACAACGGUGGAGUUCUUGCAGGCCUUGCUGCUUGUGGGGUGAUGAUGAACAUUGUAGCAACAGCUUCUGACCUAAUGCAGGAUUUCAAGACAGGGUACAUGACCCUAGCUUCACCAAGGUCUAUGUUUGUGAGCCAAAUCAUUGGAACCGCAAUGGGUUGUGUGAUUUCUCCUUGUGUGUUCUGGCUCUUUUACAAGGCUUUCGAUGAUCUAGGAAUUCCAGGCUCAGAAUAUCCAGCACCUUUCGCCCUUGUUUACAGAAACAUGGCCAUUCUGGGAGUAGAAGGAUUUUCAUCAUUGCCAAAGAACUGUCUAACGCUAUGCUACAUCUUCUUCGCUGGAGCUAUAGUUAUAAACAUGAUCAAAGAUGUUACACCCAAUAAGUAUGCAAAGUACAUUCCACUUCCCAUGGCAAUGGCAAUACCAUUCUACCUCGGGUCAUACUUUGCCAUUGACAUGUGUGUCGGUAGCUUAAUACUCUUCGUAUGGGAGAAGAUAAACAAAGCUAAGGCGGAUGCCUUUGGCCCUGCAGUAGCUUCAGGACUCAUUUGCGGUGAUGGAAUCUGGACAUUACCCAGUUCAAUUCUAGCUUUGGCUGGGGUGAAGCCUCCUAUAUGCAUGAAAUUUCUUUCGAAAAAUACAAAUAACAAGGUUGAUGCGUUCCUGUCUUCCUAAAUACAGCACUGCUGGCUUAAUAUAUAGUACUCAUGUGUAAAAUAUUAUUCGGAAGUAAAAUUCUGUAUAAAUGAUGAAUAACUUUCAGUUUA